AUGAUUGGAACCUGGAAGAACUGCAAAGGACUCGCAUUGUGGAAGAAAGAAGAUCAAGAAUACGAUGGCGCCAACUCAUACAGCUGCAUGUACGAGAGUCGAAGCUUAGAAGAAAUAAAGCCAGAAGAAAUUGCUCAACUACUUGAAGAGCGAGCGAAAAGAAAUAAAGCAAAGCACAAAAUUUGGGACGAGGAAGAUAAUGAGCAUAUGAAAGAAGUGAAGCGACAAUGGAAUGAAGAAAAUAAAGAGCACGUUAACGAGUAUCAACGGAAAAGAGCGAAGACAGCCAAGGAAAUCGCACAGUUCCCUUGCAACGACUGUGGUCUGAACUUUGCCAACAAGAAGGAAUCAAGGAGGCACAAAGAUUCAGAAAUUGCAUGCAAACCAAAGCGAGAUGCGGCUAGAAAGGCUAGGUUGACAUGUGGUGGUUGCCAGAGGGGGUUUGCCCAAAUGGCAAAUCUCGAAAGGCAUAUCGCACGGGAUACUUGUCCAACUGCGGAACAGAUGUCAUGCCCAACAUGCCGGAGGGUCAUCGAGAGCAAAUUCAAUCUGGAAUGCUUUGGCACCAAUAUGUUGUCCCAUGAGUGA